AUGAGGCAGGUCAGCUUGCUAAGAGGCCCCUUGAAGGCGGCAUGCAGUCCUUCCACGGGAACAACGAGGUUAUUAUCAGCGGCAGUACAUUCUCGGCUGGGCUUGCAGGCGCACCGCAAGCCUAGCACAAACCUCAUUCUUCGGAGCUCAGCUCGCCAACAACAGACAACUCUCCACACUUCAACGCAACGCCUCACCACAGCCAUUGCUCCAGACACUCCCGAACCAGCAUCGCCCGAAGCCGUGUACUCGCCACCCGAGACCGGUAUCAUUUCUUACUUGCCCGCAUCAUGGGUCCCGUACGCAGAACUUACCCGCAUCGAUAAGCCGGCGGGCACUUACUAUCUCUUCUUCCCCUGUCUCUUCUCAACUCUGAUGGCCGCACCAAUGGCCAUGCCCAUGGCAUCUCCGGGCUCCGUCAUUGGCACUUCGCUUCUAUUCUUCUCGGGAGCUCUCAUCAUGCGGGGCGCAGGCUGCAGCAUUAAUGAUCUGUGGGAUCGUAACCUCGAUCCACACGUCACCAGAACCAAGUUCCGACCCAUCGCGCGAGGCGCCAUUACACCCUUCAAAGGUUUCGCGUUCACCGGUGCCCAGCUCCUGGCUGGUCUGGGUAUCCUGGUUCAAUUUCCCACGUCCUGUCUCUUCUACGGCAUCCCGAGCCUGCUCUUCGUUGUGUCUUAUCCCCUGGCCAAGCGGGUCACCUACUACCCUCAGGCCGUACUAGGCCUGACCUUUUCUUGGGGUGCGAUGAUGGGCUUCCCAGCUCUCGGAAUCGAUUUGUUGUCCAACAGUGCAGCGUUGACAGCUGCUGCGCUUCUGUAUACUUCAAACGUCGCUUGGACGAUUCUGUACGACAUGAUCUACGCCCACAUGGACAUCAAGGAUGACGUCAAGGCGGGCAUCAAGAGUAUUGCUCUUAAGCACGAUGCCGAGACCAAGCAGGUCUUGACGGGCUUGGCCGCUGUUCAAUUAAGUCUCUUGAGCGCUGCUGGCUUCGUGGCUGGCGCUGGUCCAACCUUUUUCAUCGGUAGCGUCGGUGGAGCAGCGGUGACACUCGGUAUCAUGAUCAAGCGGGUCAACUUGAAGAGCGUCAAGGACUGCUGGUGGUGGUUUAUCAACGGUUGUUGGAUUACAGGCGGUGUCAUCAGCUUGGGUCUUGCAGCUGAUUACACUGUAAGAUACGUCCAAGACGGAAACGAGGAGGCUGCAAGUGAGAAGCAAUUGGACUAG